GGGUCCAUUUUUGUAAUCGUUGAUUGGUGAAUAAAAGUGGUUGAUUAAACUAGCGUUUGCGCAUAUAAAAAAAUGUUCUGUUCACGUUGUCGAAAAACGAGGUCAUAACUAUCAGGAUUGAAAGGGGUGGAUAGGUGGAUUCUUUGGAUUUCUUGAACGUUCAAUAUUUGUCCCUACAGAUAAAUGAGUAACGCGCAGCAAACUGCACAUGAUUGUACAGCUAGGAUCAUGAACAACCCCACCAAAACGGGUGCGACAAGUACAGAGAGGGAAUAUAUAUAUAUCUAUAUUAAUAUGAAAAUGCGCGUUACAGGCUUCUUGUCUGCGUCCUCGCCCACUGGUCGAUCAGAACAGCACCAGCCAUCACAAGUCUAGUACUGUUUCUUUGCUCAUCAAAAAAUUAAAUUAAAUAUAAAUUUUAAAUUGUAAUUUAUAAUUUUAACGAAAAUUUUUCCUUUUAAAUAAUAUUUAUUUAAAUACCUCCAAAUAAUGGAGGACAAAAAAGUUGAGCAGUAUUACAGUCCACCACCGAAAUUGGGCAAAUGGGAAGGAUUCAGAAUUUUUCUUUACAAUUCUGAAACUGGACAAUUUCUUGGACGCACUGGUGCCAGUUGGGCAAAAAUUUUGCUAUUUUACCUGAUCUUUUAUGGAGUAUUGUCCGGUUUCUUUGGUGCCAUGUUGGCAUUAUUUUAUCAAACUCUAGAUUAUAAUGCACCAAAAUGGCAAAUGGAUAAAUCAUUGAUUGGUAGUAACCCUGGACUUGGUUUUCGUCCAAUGCCACCAGAGAGUAAUGUUGAAAGUACACUCAUCUGGUACAAAGCAAGUGACAAAGGAAACUUUGUUCACUGGUCAAGAGCACUUGAUAAAUUUUUAGAAGUAUACAAACCACCAAAGCCUGGUACAGCUGCUGCAGCAUCAAAUGGACAAGAUCAUCGAGUUCAUUGUGACUAUGGAAAACCAGCACCACCUGGUAAAUCAUGUGAAGUUGAUCUUCAAAAGUUUAGUCCUUGUAGUUCAGAUAAAAAUUACAUGUAUGAUCAAUAUCAGCCAUGUAUUUUCUUGAAGCUAAAUAAGAUAUUUGGCUGGCAACCAGAAUUUUACAAUGACACACAAAAUUUACCAUCAAAUAUGCCAAGUGAUUUACGAGAACGUAUUAAAACAGCUAAAAUGAGAAAUCCAGAGGAAUUGAAAACAAUUUGGGUAUCAUGUGAAGGUGAAAAUCCAGCUGAUGUUGAAAAUAUUGGAGCAAUUCAAUACAAGCCACGUUCAGGUUUUCCUGGUUUUUAUUUUCCUUAUGCAAACAGUCCAGGAUAUCUUAGUCCACUUGUUGCUGUUUGGUUUGAAUCACCAAAACGUAAUGUACUCAUCAACAUUGAGUGCAAAGCAUGGGCACGUAAUAUCAUUCACGAUCGUGUUGAAAGGCGUGGCUCAGUUCAUUUUGAAUUAAUGGUAGAUUAAAUGUUAUUUUAAAUAAUAAAUUAAAAAUUAUUUAAAUAUAGAAAAUGAAUUGCAAUAAAUUUAGUAAUUUGCAUUUUCUAAACCGAAUAUAUUUGCAAAAAAAUAAAUUAAAAAAGAAAAACAAACAUAAAAAAUUAAUAAAUAGUUUGUAUAUUUAAUUUGAAUUAUUAUCCCUUAAAUUAUUUUAUUUGAGCUAAAUAUAUAUCAUAUAUUAUAAAAUUUUCUGACCAAUAGAAAAAUAUGUAAUAUGAAAAAAAUUUUAAAUGCAAAAAAAUUCUUAAGCUUAGCUGUUAAUUUUUCCAUCAUUCGUACUACUUGAACGUGAUUUUUUUUUUAAGAAAUUAAAAAUAUAAAUUAUUAAUUUAAUAAAAAAAUAAAUUCUGAAUAUAAUUUUUUUUUAAAAUUAUUUUUACAAAUAUAAAUAUAAAUUUGAUUUAAUUAAAAAUACUAAAAAAAUAAUAAUUUAAAUUUAAAUUAAAAAAAAGCCAAAUUAAAUUUUCAUUAAUUAAAAAUAAAUUACUUAAAUAUUCAUCAGUUGUAUGUGAAAAUUAUAAUAUAUCAAAAAUAAAAUUCAUGCUGUAUGAUGAGCAAUUAUACACAAUGAUAAAUAAAAUUUACAACGAAUCGAGAUACAUCAGAACUUAAAUCUUGAUAUAUUCAUUGUGUAAAAUUUCCAUUAUAAAUUAUUUAAACAAAAAAUUUUUAUUCUUUGUAUAUCAAUGUGCAAUAAAUACAAAAUGAUAAACGUAAAAGCAGUACGUUUGUUGGAAAAUAUAAGGACUUUAAAUGUUCAUAAUAAAUUGCAAAAUAAAAUAAUAAAUUUAGAGCUUUUAAUGUAUUAUUACUAUCAUCAAAAAAUGUCGAAAAAAUUGAAGAAAAAAAAGCGCAAAAUUAACAACGUAAUAUGAAGAGAAAAAAAAAAUAUAUUAUAAUUAAAAUGAACGUAUGUAAUACUAAUUAACGAUCACAAAAAUAUAUGCAGAAGAAAAAAAAAAUUAAAUAUUUAGAUGAACAAAAUAAUAUGAAUAAUAGAUAAUAUUGAAAUUCAAAUAAAUUAUAUUAAAUUAAGAAAAAUAAAAUCUCUAUGUUUAUCGUAUUUCAUUGAUACGUUAUAACGAUAAAAAUAAAUAUAAUUUGUCAAAAAAUUAAAUAAAUUU